AUGGCUGAAAUAAAGUUGAGUUUCAAAGACGAAAGAUGGUCAUUGAAAGGGAUGAAAGCACUGGUGACAGGAGGAACCAAAGGCAUAGGCCGUGCAAUUGUUGAAGAGUUGGCAGAAUUUGGGGCAGUGAUUCAUAUAUGUGCACGUAAUCAAGAAGAUAUUAACAAAUGUUUGGAAGAGUGGAAAAGCAAAGGAUUUAGCGUGAGAGGGUCGGCAUGUGACAUAAUAUCACGGGAACAACGUCAAAAUUUAAUGGAAAGGGUUGCCUCAAUCUUUGAUGGAAAGCUCAACAUUCUAGUGAACAAUGCUGGAAUAAGUGGGCCUAAGAAAAUCAUAGAUCAUACUGCUGAAGAUAUAACAACUAUAAUGGGUACCAAUUUUGAGGCUAGUUACAACCUGUGUCAACUUGCAUACCCCCUUUUAAAAGCUUCUGGAAACGGGAGCAUCAUAUUCAUAUCCUCUGUUGCAGGCAUGGUAGCUAUGCCUCUUGGUUCUCUCUAUGCAGCUUCUAAAGGAGCUAUAAAUCAACUCACUAAGAACAUAGCAAUGGAAUGGGCAAAGGAUAAUAUCCGGGCAAAUGCUGUAGCACCCGGACCUGUUAAGACCUCACUUUUGGAGUCUUUCAUGGUAUGUAGAAAUUCUGCUGAAGGGGAUAAGGUCGUAGAUGAUGUGGUGUCUCAAUCACCUCUUGGUCGCAUGGGAAAACCCAAAGAGAUAUCAGCAAUUGUUGCUUUUCUUUGCCUUCCAGCUUCUUCAUACAUCACUGGACAAAUUAUAAAAGCAGAUGGAGGUUUCACAAUUUAA